ACCAUCACUAGGCCCUCCUCCUCGCUGGGCCUGCUAGGCUAUUCCAACAUCCACGAUGGAUCUGACUGACCUGUUCACUUACAAUCGCGCUCCUGAUGACCACGAAAGACAACAUCUGCUAGCUCUCCUUUCAGCUAGUGCGGGUGAUAACAUGGCAGCCGAGCUCGGCGCGGUCGAACCUGCACGCCGGGGAGCGAAUCAAGCGCGCGACAGUCUCAGGCGUCGAGUGCCCCCCAGGCCUGCGGCCUUGCGCGCCAAGCGCGAAGCGCUCCGUGUAUUACAACAAAUCCGCUGUGCCCUAUCUGGCGUUCGCCGGCUGCCAGCGGAGAUACUACAGCUCAUAUUCCAGUUGACUCUUCCGGAGUCUCGACAUGCUGGGCUUAUGCAGGAGUCACCACUGCUUCUCCUGAUGGUCUGUCGCUUCUGGCGCGAUGUGGCUCUCGCGACACCCGAGCUAUGGACGAGUAUCAGGAUGGUCUGCAAUCCGUACGAGGAGGGUCCCGACGUCGAUCCAGGCAAUCACGCCCGACGUCGACACGAACAAGUCGUACGCGCCGCUGAACAGUGGGCCGCCCGUUCUCAUCCUUACCCUCUUGAUAUAUAUGUCGAGGGGGAGGUUGUCAAGCACAACUGGCGAACGGACGUACAUUCCGGCGUACGCCAGGCGCUCAAGGUCAUGCUCCCGUACGUCCAGCGCUGGAGACGGCUCGAGAUCAUCGCGAUGGCCAAGGACCUACAGCCGCUUGAAGACCUCCGCGGCAUGGACCUUCCCACCCUCACAGCCUUCGAAUUCCAGGAGCGAGGACACGAUCCCAUAUCCUUGUUCUACGUCGGCACCUACAUCAAGGGCGCGCCGAAGCUCAGCUCGCUAAAAACCAGCAGCGCGUCCUGUCGUCAAUGUGUAUCGCUGCGCUGCGUCGCAGACCCACGCCUGCUGGUCGACGUUCACGUACGCGCAACAUACGCGAACAACAACGAACUCGACGUUCUGCGCCACGCAUUCGCCUGCCUGCAGCGAUUCGUGAAUCUCGAGGAGCUAUCCAUCGAAUUGGUCAGGUCACGACAAGGCUUCAUCACGAUCCCAGGACCGCACACCCAGUUUCCAGUCGUGCAACCCGCGCGCCUGCCCCGCCUUCGUCGACUGAUGGUAGCCAGCGACGACCGCGCUGCCACCGUCACUUUCCUGGAUCGCAUAGAUGCCCCUCAUCUCGCUGAAAUCGAGUACCGCAACAAGCGGCACGAAAACAUCCGCCCGCUUGUCUCCUUCUUGGCCCGCUCGAAGGCGCCAGUGAAGACUAUGCGUCUAGGCAUCAAGCGGUGGCAUAAAGACUACGACGAAUGUCUGGAACUCGUGCCGAAGCUGGAGCAUCUGGAAGUGACCGGACUCGUUCCACGGAUCGCGAAAGUGGCCCAACGUAAUCGCCUCGCCCCCGCGCUCGAUUGGGACACAGACCUGUGCCCGCGCCUGCAGUCGCUGAAGAUGAUAGACGUGUGGGGCGUGGACGAGUUGUGGUUGUGGGGAUUUUUGCGAGAGCGUUCGCGCCGACGCAAAGGCCAAGCAAAGUUGCAGUCGGUGGAGGUGCGGUUUGGAGUCAAGUUGCGCGAGGAUCUACUCGAACGCAUCUCGGCAUACUCUCAGAGGGGUAUUGAUGUAAUUUUCUCGUACGUCGAAUGAAGAUUUAGGAGACCUUUGUGAUCACCUGUAGCGAGAAGCAUUGUAAUACACUUGGUACGAGUACAUAUAUCUCAGCAAUGCUAUGUGGCCUUUCUACAGUCCGACUUGUCAGCCACGAUGAUGCCCACAUGCCUCAGCAAUGCUGCAGCUGGUUGGGCGAGGUGACAACCGCAUCUUCUGGCUGCGAUGAGCGAUACAGAAACAAAGCCUUGAGUACAUGUUACAUACAUUGCAUGUCACUUUCA